AUGUGUCUGGGUGGAGAGACUUCGUUCCUCCUCCUCAUCACCUUGUCCAAUGAAGGCACCAAGACCCUCCCAGCUGAGCAGAAACCUGUUGCUCUGCUGUGUGUUGGCUUCUCUCUCAUCACCUCCAGUGUGCUUCUCUUACAAAAGAGCUUCUGGAAGGCGUGUUACAAAUCCUCAAAGCUGCCGGCCAAGAAGACCGUAGCAUUGGUUCUGUUCCUCGAGUUCCUGGUGUCUCUGGGUGCAGCGAUUCUCACCAUUGUGGCAAUGCCACACUUGGACAUUGUGACCAACGUGACAAUACUGAAUGGUGUUGCCGUCCUCUCUACUCUCCUACAAGUGGUCACUCGGUGCACUGCCAAGGAAAUGAAUCGUUUCCUGGUGCCGUCCAUUGCUGCCUUCAUGCUCAUUUUGCUUGGUUACGUCCUGUUCCUCUUCUUAUACAUUAUGAAAGAUCCUACUGAUAUCAAGAUGGCCAUUUGGGUGGGUCUGGCUGUUGGUGGAUCCUUCUUGGUGUCUUUGAACUGGUGGGAGACCUACUUCAGACUGAUCAGCGAGAAUAGCAGCUCCGUCUUCCUCAAGGACCUGUGCAGAGACAUGACAAAGUGCCAGAAUAUGCUGCAAAUCAUCUCCAGCCUGCUCAGGAUCACAGUGACCGCCUGUGUGCUCGGAGCCUACGUCCCUCUGUCCAAAAUGGACUGGGACAUAGUGAAGUCUAUCCCGAGGCGUGAGACAAAAAUUAUAGCCAUUAUCAUUGGGGUCCAGCUCAUCUCCUCUGCCCUCUGCCACUGGUUUGCUGUUGCGGCCUGCAAAAUGCACGCCCUGCGACGAUGCUUCAUCCUGCCUUUGUAUCUGGCCUCUUUGGCCGUCAUGGCUCUGCUCAUCAUCCCUGUUAUCGUUUACUAUCAGGAAUACAGAAUAAGUCUGAACGGGACAAGCAUCAACUUCACAGGCUACUGCAAUGACAUUGUAGAUGGAAGAAACCACAACUUGAAUGGCAGUGUGUUCCCACAUCUGGUUUUGGAUGUUACACACACUCUGUGCUUCCUGGACAUGUCAAAUAUAACUGACAUUGGCAUACUGACAGGUUCAGCAGUGUCCUGGUGGCUCGGUCUUGUGUUGGCCACUCUUCAUGUGUGGUACCUCAAUGUGUAUCGUAUCCAGAGGACCCAAGACCUGUUCAUCAGGAGGCUGUAUGAAGGAGCCUUUAUUGAGCAAUCCCUGCUCCUCAACACACGAUUCAACAUCCAACAGACCACAAACAGAAUGAAGAAGUGCUUGUGGGCAUCUGAAACUGCAAUGGUGUAUCUGUGUGCGACCAUGUGGCACGAGACCUACGAAGAGAUGAUGAACAUCAUUAUAUCAAUAUUCAGACUGGACAAGUACAGACCAAAGAAAGACCCAAAGUUCAAAGAUUUCACCUUUGAAGCCCAUAUCUUCAUUGAUGAUGCAUUCAAACCAGUCGAGGGGAGUCGGGGGCGUCACCUCAACAAAUAUGCAAAGAACCUUGUUGAAAUCCUCUCAGAAGUUUAUUGCAUCUUCAAAAACAUCGAUAAAAAGUUCUUCAGAAAGCAGCAGCACAUCCCUGAUCAGAAGAUCAUAAGGACACCGUAUGGCGGUCGUCUUGUGGUCAGAAUGCCUCACGGGAACUAUAUUGUGGUUCACUUUAAGGACAAAGAACUCAUUCGUCACAAGAAGAGAUGGUCUCAGAUCAUGUACCUUUACUAUCUUUUGGGCUGGAAACUCAUGACAAAAUAUUAUAGCAGCACUCCAAGUAAGAUAAGAGAAACAUAUAACACGUUUCUUCAUAACAAUAUUUCUAAAUAAUACCUGUAAAUCAGAUCUAAAAUGUGCCUGUUUCUCCAGAAAGAGAAGCACAACACCUACCUCCUGGCUUUAGAUGGGGACACAGACUUCCAGCCAACUGCUGUGAUGUUGCUCAUCGAUCGUUUGAAAAUGUACCCACGUGUUGGGGCAGUAUGUGGCAGGAUUCACCCCACUGGAUCAGGUCCUGCAGUGUGGUUCCAGAAGUUUGAGUACGCCGUCAGUCACUGGCUGCAGAAGACAGCGGAGCAUGUGAUUGGCUGCGUGUUGUGCAGCCCCGGCUGCUUCAGUCUGUUCAGAGCAGAGGCGCUGAUGGAUGACAACGUGAUGAAGAGAUACUCCACCAAGUCCACAGAGGCGAGACACUACAUCCAGUUCGACCAAGGUGAGGACCGCUGGCUGUGUACUUUACUACUAAAGCAGGGAUGGAGAAUUGAGUACAAUGCAGCAUCUGAUGCUUACACCAAUGCACCUGAGGACUUCAAAGAACUCUACAACCAGCGUCGGCGAUGGGGACCGUCCACGAUGGCUAAUGUGGUGGAUCUGCUGGGCUCAACCAACAUAAUUUCCAAGAGGAACUCAUCCAUGUCCAAACCCUUCAUGUUCUAUCAGCUCUUUGCCAUCACCUCAGCCACCCUGGCCCCUGCCACCAUCUGCCUGAUGAUCGCAGGUAGUUUGACUUUCAUCUUUAACAUGGAAGCCAACGCUGCCCUGGUCCUGGCUGUGUUACCUCCUCUCAUUUACCUGAUUCUCUGCUUCAAACUGAAAUCAGACACUCAGAUCACUAUUGCAGCAGUCUUGAGUAUCAUAUAUGCAUUCAUCAUGUUGGUGGUGACAAUGUCCAUCAUCGGCGCAAUGGUGAGGGACCAAACCAUCCUGACACCCAGCAGCAUUUUCGUCAUCUCUAUGGCCAUUAUUUACAUCAUCACUGCGAUAAUGCAUCCUCAGGAAAUCCAGCUGGUAUUCUAUGGUUUUCUCUACAUUCUCUGCAUCCCCAGCGCCUACCUCCUGCUUACCAUCUAUUCCAUGGUCAACAUGAACAAUGUGUCCUGGGGCACCCGAGAGACAAAAUCUUCUGCUGGAACGCCUGCAGACACCACCACACAAACAACAGCUCAGAAAGCCAAAAGCAUCUUCCAACGACUCUCCUCGUGGGCCAAAUGUUGUAAAAAAUCCAACAAGAGAUCUGGAGGUGGGCAGGAUGAACUGGUCACAGAGUUCAUAUAUCCUGAACCCCAGCCCCAAAACACUAUUGUGGAAGACAUUAGGAUCCCAGAGCAAGAACAAAGGCAAGUGAAGCCUGUUAUCAACUCUCCUGCCCUAUCUUGGGUCACACAACUAAAGAAUGUUGUCAGUGACAUGCAGCUGCAGGAGGACUCCCUCGACCAGGAGGAGGAGCACUUCUGGAAAGAGCUUCAGGAGAAGUACCUACAACCUCUGGUCGAUGACAAAGAGAAACAGGAAAAGAUAACCAAUGACCUGCGAGAGCUAAGAAACAAGAUAAACUUUGCCUUCUUCAUCAUGAAUGCUCUGUGGCUAGUGGCGACAUUUACCCUCCAACUCUUGAAUGUACCCAUCAUGGUCCCCAAGCUCAGCCUCAACCUCGACCUUACCGGACAAUAUAUACCAAUUGAUCCCAUUUCCUUCAUGUUCAUUUUGGGAUUUGCCUCAUCGGUUGUGAUCCAGUUCUUGACCAUGUUUUACCACAGAAUCUACACUCUGAUCCAUUAUGUGGCCUUUUUGGACACAGAGCCCAAAGAGCAAAAACCUGAAACAGAAGAAUCAGACCUGCCAGGCAAAAUGGUCAAUGCUGCGUCUAACGCCAAACACAACUCCCAAGAAGAGUCAGAAGCUGACGACAGUGAUGAUGAGUUCGCCUUGAGGUCGUACAAGAAAUGGCAUGAGGGAGAGACAAUGGUCUGCGUGCAGUUGCUUUACAAGCUCUCUGGUUCCGCCGUCAACAACACGCCCCCUCUUCACGACCUGGCUGCACGCAGUUCCCACCUCGCCCUCUAA